AUGGUCCUGGUCCGAUUCUGGGUUGACGGCGCUCAGGCCCGGGAUGCACACAGAUCCCAGCUGAGGGCCAGAGCCGGAAGCAAAAAGCAGCCCUACGUGAAGGGGGUUCACGUCCUGAAAGCCCAGAGCAUUUGGGUUCGGCCAAAGGCCUUUUAUUGUUACACAGGCUCUCUUGACCUCAGGCCGGUGGCCACCACACUGGGCGCCCUGAGCUCUAGGACGCAGCCUCCCCAGGACCCCCCUCCCCAUGGCCGCCCACACUCAGGACGGUGCUGUCCCAAAGCCGGACACACCCGUGAGGACAGCUGGACCUAUGGCCAGCACCUCCCUCCCCAACCCCCGUCAUCCUCUGAAUCCUCCGCUCUGUCUUUCUCACUGCCGUCAGGAGUGGACAAGUUGCUGAAUGUCCAGUGUGUGACGGAAGAUCUGCACCUGUGCUCCAAUCCACCAGGCAAAGGAAGGCGGGACUGCAUGCGUCCCACCAGAAGAAGGACCCUCUCCUGUCUUCCCACAGGCCUUGCCCGGGUGGGGACCCCCGGGGACCAGAGCCCCGGCACCACCUCCAACCUGCUGUGGAAGGCGGCCGCAGCCGCCCAACACCUGCCAGCCCAGCCGGCCCCACAGUCCUCCACUCACCGGCCCCCAGACUCUCAGCCCAGAGCCCUCCAGGGCCACCCCUCCACCCCGCGUCUCCGGACCCCCACCCCCGAUUCUCAGAGCGCGGCUGGCCCCUCCCCCGCCAUAGGCCGAGGGCUGCAGUGGCCCCCCCACCUCAGCCCCUUUCCUGGGGGACAGCUCUGCCCACACAAACGACCCUGGGAGACGCUGGCACCCCGCCCACGGAGGACCUGGGGUCCUGUAGGCACCGCCGCAGGACAGGGUGAGACCCCGUGGCCCGAAGCCUGCCUGCCCGUGUGGGACGCAGUGCUGGGGACCCUUGCUCCCUCGAGGUCACCUUGCCUGCUGGGGACCACGUGUGACUGUCCCGGGGAGCCCAGCGGCCCCUCCGGUGUUGCUGGUGUUAACAGGACACAGACCAGGGCCCCCACCGGGAACACACGGACAGACCAGGGCCCCACUGGGACCCCAUGGAUAGGCCAGGGCCCCCACCGGGACUCCACAGACAUACCAGGGCCCGCACCAGGACCCCACACAGAGACCAGCUCCCACCGGGACCCCACAGACAGACCAGUGCCCACCGAGACCCCACAGACAGACGAACCCACACCGGGACCCCACACAGAGACCAGCUCCCACCGGGACCCCACGGACAGACCAGGGCCCCCAUGGGACCCCACAGACAGACCUGGGCCCCCACCGGGAACACACAGACAGACCAGGGCCCCACCGGGACUCCACAGACAGACGAAUCCACACCGGGACCCCACGGACAGACCAGUGCCCACCGAGACCCCACAGACAGACGAACCCACACCGGGACCCCACGGACAGACCAGGGCCACAACCGGGACCCCACGGACAGACCUGGGCCCCCACCGGGACUCCACAGACAGACGAAUCCACACCGGGACCCCACAGACAGACCAGUGCCCACCAAGACCCCACAGACAGACGAACCCACACCAGAACCCCACGGACAGACCAGGUCCCCAGCGGGACCCCACAGACAGACCUGGGCCCCCACCGGGAAUCCACAGACAGACCAGCGCCCCCACCACGACCCCACAGAUUAGGGCCCCCACCAGGACCCCACGGACACUCCAGGGCCCCCACCGGGAUCCCAUGGACAGACAAGGGCCACAACUGGGACCCCAAGGACAGACCAGAGCCCCCACCAAGACCCCACAGACAGUCCAGUCCCCACCGGGACCCCACAGACAGACCAGGGCCACAACCGAGGCCCCAGGGACAGACCAGGGUCCCCACCGGGACCCCACCGGGACCGCACGGACAGACAAAGGCCCCCACCGGGACCCCACGGACAGACCAGGGCCCCCAAUGGGACCCCACAGACAGAACAGCCCCCAGCGGAACCUCACAGACAGGCCAGUCCACAUCGGGACCCCACAGACAGACCAGGGCCACCACCGGGAUGCAAAAGACAGAACAGGGCCCCCACCGGGACCCCACAGACAGAACAGCCCUCAGCGGAACCUCACAGACAGACUGACCAGGGCCCCCACCGGGACCCCACAGACAGUCCAGGGCCCCACCGGGACACCAGGGACAGACCAGGGCCCCCACUGGGACCCCACGGACCGACCAGGGAGCCCACCGGGACCCAACGGACAGACCAGGAUACCCACCAGGACCCCACAGACAGACCACGGCCCACACCGGGACCCCACAGACAGACCACGGCCCCCACUGGGACCCCACAGACAGACCCGCCCCCAACGUGACCUCACAGACAGGCAGUCCCCACUGGGACCACACAGACAGACCAGGGCCCCAACCUUGACCCCAAAGUCAGAGCAGGGCCACCACCGGGACACCACGGACAGACCAGGGCCCCCACCGGGACCCAACAGACAGACCAGGGCCCCCACCAGGACCCCCCACACAUACCAGUACCAACUGGGUCCCCACAGACAGACCAGGGCCCCCACGGGGACCCAAUGGAGAGACCAGGGCCCCCACCGUGACCCCACAGACAGACCAGUGCCCACCGAGACCCCACAGACAGACCUGGGCCCCCACCAGGACCCCACGGACAGACCAGGGCCCCCACCAGGACCCCAUGGACAAACCAGGGCCCCCACCGGGACCCUACGGACAGCCCAGCCCCCACAGGACCCCACGGAGAGACCAGGGUCCCCACCGGGGCCCUACAGACACACGAUCCCCCUCCAGGACCCAAUGGAUAGACCAGGGCCCCUGCCGGGACUCCACAGACAGACCAGACCCUACCGGGACCCCAAGGACAGACUAGCCCCCACCAGGACCCCAGAGACCAGGGCCCCCACCGGGACCCCACGGACAGACCAGAGCCCCCACCGGGAACCCAUGGAGAGGCCAGGGCCCCCACCGGGUCCCCACAGACACACGAUCCCCCACCGGGACCCAACGGAUAGAUCAGGGCCCCCGCCGAGACUCUACAGACAGAACAGCCCCUACCGGGACCCCAAGGACAGACUAGAGCCCCCACCAGGACCCCACAGACAGACCAGCCCCCACCGGGACCCCACAGAGAGGCCAAUCCCCACUGGGACCCCACAGACACACCAGGGCCACCACCGAGACCCCACAGACAGACCAGGGCCCCACCGGGACCCCACCGACAGACCAGCCCCCACCAGGACCCCACAGACAGACCAGGGUCUCCACAGGGACCCAAGGAGAGACCACGGCCCCCACUGGGACCCCAUGACAGAUCAACCCCCACCGGGACUCCACAGACAGGCCAGUCCCCACCAUGACCCCACAGACAGACCAGGGAACCCACCGGGAGACCACACUCAGACCGUGGCCCCCACCGGGACCCACAGCCAGACCAGGACCCCCACCGGGACCCCACGUGUCUCAGACCUGCCCCCUUCCUACUGGGCCCUGGAUUCCGGCUGUUCUCAGAGGUGGCUGGUCAAAGGCAGGCCCCCUGAACAGUUUCGGGCCUUAACAGUCACCUUUGCCCGCUGGAAGCUCGAAAACACCCACAAAUGUCACCGAGGUCCCCAACUUCUCCUGGGGGAGCCCAGGGAUCUCCUCAAGUGCGGCAGAACGUCCCCCGUGGCGCCCCCGGCCCAGGGCAUGGCUCCUGCGCUCACCGCUGGGACGUCCCCAGUGGCCCCACCGGGACGCCCCAGAGACCGAGGGCUGGACGGCCGCUCAGAAGGAAAAGCUUUAGAGUUGGGGGGAAGGGAUGUUUCGAGCCAGCUGUGCUCAGAAGCCACGGGGGAACCACAGACCCCACGAGACAAGCUCUCCCCAGCGCUUGCCUGGGAGCCGCAGUCCUACCUGGUCCCCACGAGGGCAGCGGGCGGUGUCGCCGAGGCUGGCUCCCCGGCUGCCUUAUCGCGGCCUGGCCGGGGGAUGCGGUGGAAGCCUUUGCCUGCCUCAUAUUUCAAACUGCUGGAGCCGAGCCGUGCCACCCCUGCACCCUGCGCGCCCGCUUCCAGCCUGGGGUUAGCUCUGUGCGCGUCCAAGGUUGGACCCGUGACCCUGCAGCAGCACGUGGCAGGGGCCGCUCGAGUUCCUGUGGGCCCUGUGGCCACAACGGGGGAGGGGCAGUCUGGCCGCCCCCAUGCCCCCCAGGAUGGCCUUCACACAGCUGAACUGGUUGUUCUGGGCGCCGGCACUGCUGACCCCAUGUUCCUGCCAUCCCCCCAUUCACUCAGCACUGGAUUUCAGGGGGCAUCUGUGUAG